AAUGGUCUUAUUUAAAAAUGGCACCCAUACAUUUUCCAAAGUAGAAGAUGCUGAGUUGAUGGGAGAGGAUGUAGACUGCUCAGCUGACUGUACAAAAGUUCCCGUUAGUGAUAAUUUCUUGAAAUUGGAAACUAUAGAAUAUAAUUUAAUACUUGAAUUUGUAGAAGGUUUCUACAGACUGAGGAAUGCCAGCCCUGAAAGAACGGCAGAGAAGAGAGGAAUUUUAGAAACUUAUAAAUAUGUUUCUCACUGGAAUCCCGUUUCUAGUAGGAACUUUAGAAAGCUUGAAGUUGCUUGCCACCAUUUUGGAUAUAAGAAUGGAGAGAUUGUGACAUCAUACGACAGACGACCCACAGUUGCUUUAGUUGCAACCGUUUUAGUUUGUCCUUACUUAGUAAAUUCUUUGGAUUUGUGUCGAAAUAUUGAAACUUCUCGACCGACCUUAUUGAAAGAGGAGUUUUAUGAAGUAGAAAUUCAUUGCACAAUGGAAAAUACCACAGGUAAAUAG